CAAACACCACACCCACCUCUACUAACUACGCUCCUUUCUUCUUCUUCUUUCUCUUCUUCAACUAUUCUCUCUCACUCUCUCUCUCUCUCUCUCUCUCUCUCUCUCUCUCUCUCUCUCUCUCUCUCUCUCUCUCUCUCUCCAAAGCCCAGAGAUCACUUUCGAUCGCUUUCCCGAUUUGAUUACUCUCAAAGUUUUGAUUUUUCCUUUCCCAUUUUCAAUUACUUUUUUACUUGUUUUCGUUUCGCAAACACUGUAACCCUCUCCUCCUCUUUUCAAUCUUCGGAAAUGUUCACCGAAGGUCUCGACGAGACCGCCAUCAAGUGGAUCAAACAGGGAACAGAAGCUGAAGCUGAAGCUGAAGAUAAUCGACCAAAAGUGAGAUCUCCUCUAGCAGAGAGAACUGCCCCAGACCCAUUUCCCAAAUCUCCUUCUAUCUUUAAUAACAAUGGUAGCUUAACCCCUUCUUCCCAUGCUCUGCCCCCACUCAAACUCCACUCUGGCUUGCUGCCUGUACCCCGCAGUACAUUGGUCGUCCCGGCAUUCCAAAACGACGACGAAGAAGAAAACGACGACAAUGACGGUGAAAGCAUUUCUUCUGUUUCCGAUAGCACUUAUUCUUACGAAGAAGCACUUAUGGGUUUCAAUGAUUCGAAGCAAAGGGUGCAUUUGUUUGAUGAUGAAGAGAUAUUUGGUUACAAACCUAGUUCGUAUUCGAUGAGGAAAAAUGUUAACAUUGGAUUAGAAGGCCAUAACGGGUCGUCGUUGAAUAAAGGGUUGUUGAAUCAAAGUCUCCGGAUUGAAGUUCCUGAUAAUUUGAGAAGAUUUACAGAUGGAGAAUUGGGUUUCAGGAAAACUAGUGUUCAUAAAAAUGAAACCCCAGGUUCUGCAAAUCAUCUUCAGAAACGAAUUCACUUGAGAAAUUGUCAAGGUACAUUAAGUAGGGAAUGUAGUAUGCUUAGAGAUUCAGUUGACUUGGGAACUCCAAGUGCACCUCCUAUAUUUUAUGGUCCAAGUGAUGAUGGAAGAAAUAGUACUGAGGUGGACAAUCAACAAGAAAUGGGAGCUCCUGAAGUCUUCGUUUCAGAAAAUGACCAAUCUGACAAUGGGACAUGUCCUUCAAGAGAAUCAGUUGGUUUUGAUGCGAAUAAGGAAGGAUAUGAACAUCUCAAGUCAGAUUCUCUGAGAACUGCUGAACUUGGGGAAAGAUCAGUAGACAAAUCUUUUCCAGGAGAGGAGAGGAAGAUGCAUAAUCCUGUUUUGCUGGCAAACCAAAUGGACCAUUCGUCUUAUUAUAGUACAAGCAGUCAAUAUGCCUGGCAAACUUUGAUUGCGUAUGAUGCUUGUAUACGAUUAUGCCUCCAGGCAUGGGCAAGUGGCUGCACUGAAGCUCCUGAGUUUCUUCUUAGUGAAUGCAUGGUUCUCCGAAAUGCAUUUGGACUGCACAAUUAUUUGUUGCAACCUCGUGGGGCACAGCCUAUAGAAGACAGGCAUACCAAUAAUGCAGAACAAAAGUGUCCAAAGGCAAAGAAAGUUGUGGGAAAAAUUAGAGUAGAAGUGAAAAAAAUUCGUGUAAUAACAAGGCGGAAACUUAAAAUGACAUAUUCGCAGUGGGGUGCAAUCUCCAUGCAUGCAGGGAUGGAGUAUGUUCAAAAUGUUGUAAAAACUGGCGUGAGUAGUUUGAAAAAAGCCUCAUUGUCUGUUUCAUCACAAGAGCCACAAUUAUGCUUGUUUCAACUGACCAGCGCCACAGAAAAUAAUAAAAUGGAUUCAGACUCGGCCAUUUGUUUGCACCCUGGAACUGGUGAUUAUCAUGUGUUUUUCCCAGAGAGUCAAGGAGAUGCUCUGCUGGUGGAAGUCCAAGACACAAAAAAAUCAGUCUUGGGUCGAGCUACAAUUCCAAUUUCAUCCUUGACUGAUAAUCCUAAUGAUAGAAUUCGUUGGUGGCCCAUACACCAUGAUGAUCAAGAAUGCAUUGGGAAGAUUCAGCUUUCCAUUGGCAGUACUAUCACAAAUGAUGAGACUACACAUGUAAAGAGUGGACCAGUUGCAGAAACUUUUGCUUAUGAUUUGUUGCUGGAAGCAGCUAUGCGCGCACAGAAUCUUCACUCAAGGAAUUUAUGGCUGCACGGACCUUGGAAGUGGUUGUUGACUGAAUUUUCAGACUAUUAUGGAGUUUCUGUCUCAUAUACAAAACUCAGGUAUCUUUCACAUGUCAUGAAUGUGGCAACCCCAACAAAAGACUGCUUAGAGCUAGUGCAUGAACUACUUGAACCUAUAAUAAAGGCCAGGAGCGAUAAAUGUUUGACAAGGCAAGAGAGAAGCAUACUCUUAGACUGUGAAACUCAAAUUGAGAGUUUAAUAGCAAAUGUUUUUGAGAACUAUAAAUCAUUAGAUGAAGAUUCUCCCACAGGAAUAAGGGACUUGCAUGGACCGAUCCAAGAAUCUGCAGCACCAGCUAUAGCUCCUGCCGUACAAGUGUACAGCCUCCUUCAUGACAUACUUAGUCACGAAGCACAGAACAUGCUUCGAAACUAUUUUCAGACAGCAGCAAAAAAGAGGUGUCGUACUCACAUGGUAGAGACCGAUGAAUUUAUGUCAACCAACUUUGAAGGUUUUGUUAUGGAUUCCAUUACCAUCUCAACAGCAUAUCUAAAGAUGAAGACUCUCUGUACGAAUAUUGGUAAUGAAAUUCAGGCUGACAUCAAGAUCCAUAACCAGCAUGUACUUCCCAGCUCAAUUGACCUGACCAACAUAACAGCUGCUGUUUACAGCACCGAGUUGUCUAACCGACUUCGAGCUUUUCUAGCUUCAUGGCCUCCAUCCAGUCCACAGCCACAUGUAAAUGAGCUUCUGGUGGCUACUGCUGAUUUUGAAAGGAAUCUUGAAUUGUGGAAUAUCAGUCCAGUGCAGGGAGGUAUAGACUCAAGAAAUCUUUUCCACAAUUAUAUAAUGGUGUGGGUACAGGAUAUGGAACUUCACCUCCUUGAUCUUUGCAAAGCAGAAAAGGUUCCAUGGUCUGGAGUGUCAACCAACCAUUCCACCUCCCCAUUUGCUGAGAAAAUGUAUGAGAAGAUGAGAGAACUUGUCAUUCAAUAUGAAGUUGUAAUCAACCGGUGGCCUCAGUACUCCUUGGUUUUAGAAAAUACGGUGGCGAAUGUAGAACGAGCAAUCAUAAAAGCAUUGGAGAAGCAAUACAAUGAUAUUUUGACUCCACUGAAAGAUAGUAUUCCAAAGAGGCUUAAUAUGCAGGUCCAGAAGCUGACAAGGAGGCAAUCAGUGGCCAUAUAUUCAGUUCCAAAUCAACUGGGAACAUUUUUGAACACUGUGAAGAGAAUUCUUGAUGUUCUUCAUUGCAAAGUUGAGGACAUCCUAAAGGCAUGGGCAUCUGUUCUGCCAAGCAUGGGAGAUAAAAAGUCUAAUUUCGGAGAGCAAAUGAAUGCAGUUACAGUUCUACUUAGAACAAAAUAUAAAAAUUACUUGCAGGCAACAGUAGGGAAGCUUAUAAACAAUAUGCAAGAGAAUCGAAACACACGACUUAAAAGGAUUUUAGAGGAAACAAAGGAAGAAGAUGGGGAGGCUGAGGUUCGUGAAAGAAUGCUGUUGCUGAAUUCACAGCUUGUUGAGUCUAUAUCCAAUUUGCAUGAAGUGUUUACAAGUCAAAUAUUCAUAGCAACUUGUCGUGGAUAUUGGGAUAGGAUGGGGCAGAUUGUUUUGAAAUUUCUUGAAGGAAGGAAAGAAAACCGAGUGUGGUACAACGGAUCCUACUAUGCUCUUGGGAUAUUGGAUGACACAUUCGCUUCCCAAAUGCAAAGAUUGCAAGGGAAUGCGCUGCAAGACAAAGAUCUUGAGCUACCUCGGUCAGUAGUGGAAGCUCGCUCCAUCCUUUGUAGGGACACCACAAAUGCAACCGAAACAUCAACAUACUUCUACGUGUAAAAUUUGUUUAUUAUCUGCAUUGCUUGCUUCAAUUCACGGUGUAAAAUUACGUAACACAUUUUUGUAAAUGUAAUAUAGUUUUUUUUUUUCUUUUAGGCAAAUUUAGUUAUAUUUUGUUAGUAUGUAAUAUUUUUUGUGUAUUUAAUCUAUUUUUCCGAUAAUAAUGAAACAAAAUAAUACAGAAUUUACUUAUUUGAGGGAGGAGGUGAAAGGGUCAACGGUGGUCGCUCGGCAAUUAGAUGAAAUAAAAUAAUAAAUUAAAAAUUAUACACUAAUUUGAAAGCAUUACAAUUGAAUUGAAGGUAUUGCUCUAAUCAGCCAUUAGAGCCAUAGCAAUGUCUAGGCAUUGUGAAUUUAUUUAUCAUAAUGAAAGAUUGAGACAAAAAAAAAAAGGGCAAGUCAUAAUUUAGGUGUUUGCAAUUAAGCAGCCAGCAGUCACAAAAAUCCAGUAUAAGCAACUACUAUAAUAAAAAUAAAAGUUACGAACUAUAGAAGGUAUGACUAGAUUGGAGUGGCUAAUUUAAAUAUAUUGCCAAAUAUUUAUAGUUUCACUGCAGUUGUGAGUAUAUACUAUGGUAGCAGCAUGUCCAUCAAACUUUCUAACUUCCUUUCCCUUGGAUUUGCUGAAGAAGAGUGGCUGCAAGUUGUAAAGUUGCUUGUAAGCGUUUUUGCGGAUCCGAGUCUGCUUCCUGUGUACUACUACUACUCUGCUGGUGUUGAUUUUCCUGAGGCCUAUUAUCCCUCUGAACCAAGUGAGGCACAGCUGAUGAUACAUUUGGUACUUGCUGCAUCUGUUGAAAUUGACCAUGCUGAGAUGUUGACAACAUAGAAUUCAUCUGAUUAUUAUGUAAACCAUGAUUCUGGGAUCUUGAGCUAUCCUGCCUUGAAUCGUUUUCAGUUAAUGUGUUUGGUAGACUCCCUAACUGCUUCUGCCCAAGAAGAGAUGAUGCUAACUGUACAAGUUGCUCUGGUUGCAGACCAGCAAUAUCCUGUAGAGAUGGUCUGUUAUUUUCAGAUACCGGAAAACCUGAAGCUCCGCUUGUUGAGUAACUGGAAUUUGUUUCUUGCGUCGCUCUUGUCCUGACUGGUGGUUGUCGCUGAAUUAUUUCAUCAGCAGCACCAACAAGCGCUUGAGAUGAUACAGUUUUAGUGCCAGAAAAUGAGUUCUGCAUAUGGGAAGAAGGCCAGUUCUGCCUAGGAUCUCCAUGAUGUGGAAAUUCGUGCCUGUUUUCAGGAAAAUUGUCCGAUCUACUACCAACACGGGAUGAACUAGAAACAGCAGGUUUCACAUUUCCGGGAAAAUAUUUCUGUGAAUUAUUAGAAUGAGAAGGUGUUGAUGGUUUCGGAUAUGAUGCAUUCCCAGGAAAUGACAACAAAUUUCCAUCUUCUCUUUCGUGUUGUCGGUGAAAAGGACCUGCAUUAGAAUCAGGAUGUUCUAACCUCAAGAUAACACCAGAGAUACUAAGUUUUCCAGGUACCUUCAGUACUUUCUCUGAGAAAUUUGAUGGGGGCACAAGGAACAAGGUUGUCUUCUCAUCUAACUUGGCAACUGCAGCACGUUCUUUCUCCUCCAAAUAAUGC